AUGUCCGAGACUCCAACCCACAUUGUCCCCAGACGGCCGCGCCGAUAUGCGCCCCGAACUCGUCUGGGAUGCUUGACAUGCCGGAGGCGGAAAAAGAAGUGCCCCGCCGACGGCCCCGAGUGUCGUACAUGUAUCAGACUGAGUCUUGAUUGCGAGUGGGACAACAGGAGACACUUCCCUACCUCUGAGCCCAGUCCAGCUAGCACGGCCGCCGGAGAAGAGGGGCGAGCCUCAUCAGAGCCGGAUCACGACUUUUCACUCAGAGUUGCCGAGCUAUCAGCAGCGAUCCCUCCUUCGCCAUCAGUCCUACCAGCCAUGACCGAUGCCGGUGAUCAGAACAUGUUGCUAUCCUAUUACAUACAUUCCUUUGUCCCCAAUAUCUCCGUCGUGCAUACCUCUUCCAACUUCUUCACGUCGGCUAUCCUGGCAUGUUCAGCUGCACAUCUGGCCAAAGGAGCCCCGAAUUCCGAGGACCAAGCCCGACUUCUUGAACUAUCUCUGCGUUCCCAGGUCCGAUGCCAUCGAUUCUUACAGGAACGCAUCAAUCUCACUGGUCGAUUACAGAGCGACCACAUUGAGGCUAUUGCCAUUAUUCUUCUGCUCGUAGGUCUGGAAGUCCAAAACGGCGCCAAUACUGGCAAAUGGGUCUGCCAACUUGACUGUGUACGCAACGUUAUCAAACAAUCAGGUGGGAACGGUGUGUUUUGCAGAAGGUCUUGGGAGGCGGAGGCGCUAUAUGAGCAUUUUCUCUACCACGACGUAAUGAGUUUGAUCAUGUCCGGAGUGGCAGGGUCCGAGACUGAUGAAUUGGAGGCUGCUUCUCCCUCUGAAAUCACUGCCUCUUCGCCAUUGCCGUUUACUGAAGCGGAAGUGCCUUGGGCAAGAUUCCUCCCACAAGAUAGGGCACGCUCGAGUUCAGCUUCAUCGUCGUCUACUACGCGAAGGCAAAAGUCAUCUAGCUCCAUCCAUCCACUUCUGGGGUUAUCAAAGGAUUUAUUCUUUCUCAUACAGAAAAUCCCUCGUGUCAAGCCCGUCCAACAUGCGGGAGAAGGGUGCCUGAACCCAGCCGAGAAUGAACUUUUCCUAAAUCUAGAGAGGCAGUUUGUCGAUCUUCGAUUCGACCUUGCCAGCGAUGCCUGCGUGGGGAUAGACUUGGCCGCGCGGCUGGAUCUCGUGGUUUUAGCGGAGACUUACCGUCUUGCAGCACUCAUUCUUCUCUACCGGCGAUCCUGCCUACACGAAGACCAGAUACCUCUCCUGGCGCAGCGCAUCAUAAGCUUUGCGGAGCGUAUUUCGGAGGGGAAUGCGGCCGAGGCUGGACUCACUUACCCAUUGUUUCUGGCUGGGGCUGAGUUGGUUGAUGAGGAAAGCAUUGUCGUGUGCGCUACGAAACUGAUGAAAAUCAGGGAAAGAGUAAAGGUUAUGAAUAUACAAUCGGCCGAGGAAGUCUUACAGGAAGUCUGGAGAGACCGCUUGAAUGGGGGACCCUAUCGAGAUUGGGAGAAUAUCCUUCGUAGUUGGAAGUGGGUGAUAAACUUGGGCUAG